UUCCUUUCAUCGUCUAAAACUCAACCAUUCUUUCUCACUCAACACAGUCCAACAUGUUUAGAUCCACAAGCACUCGGAAAAGCCCUUCUAGGUAUGAGAAAUUAGAUAAAGAACAUGGUGGCAGUGGAACUUCAAAUGAGGAUUUUAAGAGGAGCACAAGUUUGCCUUCUCGAGCUAUGGCUUCAACCUUUGGUGAGAUGAAUCUGCAGAGAAACCCCACGAGAAAGGGAAGUAGUAAACCUAAGGAGAAGAAGAUUCACCCACUUCUCAGCCUCUUUGAUUUUCGGCGGAAGAAGACGACAACAGCUAGGCCUGAAUUUGCUAGGUAUCUUGAGUAUGUGAAGGAAGGAGGCAUGUGGGAUACCAAUUCCAAUAAACCUGUCAUCUAUUACAAAUGAUUACUCAUCUCAGGUUUCAGACUCAAGUGUAAGUUAGUGCUAUAUUUCUUCAAAGAAUAAUUAACGUUUGAUUCUCGUGUCAAAUCAUCAUAAGAUGUUCAUGAAACUUUCUAUUGUUUCUUGCU